AUGCUCGCUUCACACGGUCGAGGCGGCGCUGGCAACAUGGCCGACUCAGCCCACACAGAAAAGACAGACCCCAGCAAGCUCCAGACUCCUGUCCUUAAGGGUCCUGUCGUAACCACCGGCCGUGGUGGUACAGGCAACAUGGCCAAGAACGACGAUCCUCGAGAGACUCGCAAGCGCCAAGAUGUCGAAGCCGUCCCUCGACGUCCUUCCUAUGGCACCCAAUACAGUGGCCGCGGUGGCGCUGGCAACAUCUUCAAGGACAAGGAGACUGAGUUGGCUCGCAAGGCCAGCAACGAUGGCGCCAUCACUGACGACGAGGAGCCCAAGUCUGCCAACUCGCCCAGUGCUGGUGGCGAGUCACUGGCUCAGAAGGGCAAGAACUGGCUCUUUGGCAAGAAGGUUUAA